AUGGGCCGCCGAGCGAAGUAUCUCACUGCCGACGCGAAGCGCGCUGCCAAGAAAGCUCAGGCAGAACUUUACCGUCAAACCGAGAAGGGGAAGGAAGCACGUAGGCGCGAGAACAAAAGACAGAACAACAAGCAACAAGCCCGCAAACUAACAUGGGUUGGCGUCCUCGUCCCGCUCGAGCUGUACACCCGCUCGCAGAAGACCCUUCGAGCCUCAUUCGCCGUUCAAGAGCCUGGGCCCUUGCUGGGCCUGUGGACGUCGCCGUAUGAGUUCGCGAUGCCGGACGUGAGCUCGUUGCCGACGAUCGACGGCGGAAAGCGCGCCAAGGCUUCCGUUUGGAACUCCUGCGCAGCCGUUUUGGGUGCAUACCAGUACGGCGAGGUCAUCGAGACCGGUUGGCGGCGUUUCGAGCAGUGGAUGGCGGAUGAUCUCGCGCUUGACGAGAUAGAGGCGCAGGUGAAGGAGGAGGUUGUGGGAAGGGUGGAGGCAUGGGUGCGCUUGGCUGACUCGGUGACGAAGGACGGGCCGGAUGUAGAUGUGAUGACGGUCGGGCUGGACUGGGGCGCCAAGAUCAUCCGGAUGCUUGUCGAGGAGUGGGAAAUGAGAAAGGACGGGGAUGCUGGGUAUCGAGAACACCGAGGCAUUGUCGCAAUAUUCCAAGCUACGAACUAG